AUGGGGGAUACUGCCAUGCAUGAAGGCCUAAUGGUCCUUAUUUAUGAGCAUCUCAAGGCCAAUCAAAUAGCUCGUAUGCAGCCCUCUGCAGAGAUUGAGGAGGAGGGGUCUGACUUUGCCUUCUCACUGGAGGAGGAGUCUGACAGUGACCCCUCGAGUGAUUCUGAGGAGAGCAUGGAUGUUUCGGAUUAUGAAACUAGAAAGAAGAGGAAACACAACAAAACAAGACCUUCUUCCUUUAAGGGUAAAAAUCCUAAAGGCAAAAUCCCCGAGAUUAGCCUUUCCUCGGAGGAGGAGGUCUCAGAAGACUCAGAGGAGGAGAACCCUCAAGGGUUGCUGAAAAAGAAGACAAAAGUCAACACCCAGACCAUAAAUAAGCAUAAACGGAAGGAGGAGAAUGUUAAAGAGCUGGAGGUCUAUAAGAAGGAAAGGACCUUGGAAGCCGAACUGAAUUCGGAGAAGGUGACCAUUGACAAGGUUCUUAGGGUUGCAACUACUUUUUGGGACACCACAAAAAAGGAACAGGAUAUCCCUGAUAAGGCUGACCCCCCUCCCCCUAACCCUCCUCCAGAGGGCUUUGAUGGAUGCAACCCAUGCCCUGUUUUAAAGCGUCCAUUUUGGCACAGGCAUGGAGGAUGCUUGCAAAGGUUGCAGCAUUUGGCUUUAUACCGUCCAAUUGCAUUUACAGCUUGA